AUGACCUCUCCCGAUGUAUUCCUCUCGUCGCCACUUCGGACGCCAUCGCGACGGGAAGCUUCCUCACCAGACGACCUACCACCGUUGCGCGAACUCGUCUCUCAAGCGUCAUCCCGACCCCCCAUCAAAAGUGGCAGCAAGGCUGCUCCGAUCCCUGAGGGAGUCGUCACAUCUUUCACAAGUGCGAGAGACCAUUGGAAGGCCGCAAUCGCCUCAGGGAGGAAUGAGGACCCAGAUGCGUCGGUGAUUGAGAUAGAACAACCACCACCUGGGCCUUCAGAGAAAAAGCCACGCAAACUACGCGCGAAGACUGAAGCAAGACCAAAGAAGGCCAUCACCACGAAAGUGAAGAAAGUGGCCCCAGAGUCUGUAGCCAAUGCUAGGCCGUCCGUGUCAACUGGGUCGCCAUCUCGAGAAGAGCCGUGGAGGAAAUAUGCCGCCAGCCCUCCAGCGAAAACCACCGCCCGUGAAGGAGCAAAGGAUGACGCCAGUGGUGCUGCUGCGGACACUUCGCUGGCUGCCCUAGAGGAUGUCCUUGCACACGACCCAAUAGUUGACAGCUUGGUAGUCGCCAAGGCAGAGCCGGCCAAAUCCCGCGCAAAGAGGUCGAGAAAACAAACGGGCACUAUGAGCGGCCAUUUUCAGAGCAAGGAAACAUCCCCGGCGGGCCCUCCGAAAGUUGAGGCCAAGCGGGAGGACUUUCCGCCUAUAGAACGGGCAGCAGAACGCAGACUUGACUGGACACCGCCAAAGCCUCAGGCAGACAUUGUCGAGGGACCACCAGACGUCUCCACGGUUCAGGAGGUCAGGUCUUCGGCCGUUGGGGUCAAUCGAGCUGACUUCAACACAAUGGUGCGGAACUAUGGCUGUGGGAAAGAGAUGGGCAAGAAUAUCAUCACCGUGUCUGAAGAGGACUCGAGUUUCAUGAAAAAGCGGAAGCUAGUCGAGCUGGUGCAAACGAAGAACAACAGUCGACAGGAGAAAUCACCCUCCAGGGAGAAGUCGCCGGCGAAGCAGAAAGCACCGAAGAAAAAGGCACGCACGAUAACCGAUCUGGCCACCGCAGCCUACAGACAGCCUGACCCGGCUGCCCAAGAAUCACCCUCUGCAACGAUGAUGGAUCUCUUGGACAACCCGGACGGCACAGUAAAGCGUGGGGCAGCGGGCGACGCCAAGGGCAACGGCAAACAACGAAAGAAGCCUGCCAAGGCACCAAAGAAAAAGGCUGAGCUACCGAGGCGUCUUCUGCUAUCGCCCGAGACGGCGUUGAAAGAGGUGACCAAGCAAGACUUUCUAUUCGGUACAUCGAGCCAGUUGGCAAGAGAGCAGUCGCCUUCGACGUUGAGGGACAUUCAGCAGGCAAUCAAAGACUCCACCCAGCUUGAGCUCGACAACAUGAGUGAUCCUUUCAAGAGUGAUCCUAUAGAAUCUUUUGAGCGACCCAAACUUUGGCGGUCUGGCCACCGCGAUGCCGACGGCCAGCUUUUCGACUCGCUGCUCGUUGAUAUGGCCGACGACAGCACCUUGGCAUUGCGCGAACCGGCAGACGAUGAUGAUCCGUUUGGUUAUGUCCAAGCAGACAAGGGGUUGUCUGAAUCUGGCAUCCCUCCCCCUAUGCCGGGCAUACUGGGCAAGCCAAGUGUGGCAUUGGAACCUUCGCCCGGAAAGGUCGAGGGCCGACAACCAUCGGACACCGCUCUGGAUGACGGUACUGACGUUCCGAUCACGACCGAGCGUACAGGUAGCGUGUCACAGAAGCAGCCCAUGGAAAUCAUCAGCGAUGAUGCAUCAUUCUCCAGCAGCCAGCUGUCGAUCAGCUCUGACAUGCAAAGACGCAAGGAGGCGAAGGCCACCACUGCACAAGUGUCCUCGAUUGAGCCAUCUCUACCACAACUGCAUUCGUCCACAGAGCAACGUCUGUCAGUCCCGCAGCAGGUUCGCCCACGAUUUGAGCGAUACUCUGAUGUCCGGCUAGCACAGACUGUCAAGAGCUAUGGCUUCAAACCACUGGAUAAGCGACCAGACAUGAUUGCACUGCUGGAUCAGUGCUGGAAGAGCCAGGCAUCCACUAUUCUGUCGGGCUCACAAUGCUUCUCGACUUCCAGGCAAGUCGGCGAGCCACUCGCGUCGAGGGGCGCGUCACGGGGUGCCACCAGCCCUGCCAGGCCUCGGGGGAGGCCGAGGAAGGCCAGUGUUAGCGCAAGCGAGUCCCAGGAACCUCCACCAUCAGCGCAAGCCGUCGAGUCGCCCAAAAGGCCGCGAGGACGCCCGAAGAAAGAUGCGUCAAGUCCUGCCAAGGCAGCAUUGUCAAAACCACGAAAGAGCCCGCAAAGGGUUACCAGAGCACCUCGCGCAGCGGCAAAGACUACCUCACCUGCACGGAAGAAGCAGCCCGCGAAACAAGUCUUCGAGAUUCCAGAUUCCGAGUCGGACGACGAGGAGAACCUGACUUCGUCGUCAUCUUCACAGUCACCUUCGCCGUCGCUAUCGCCGGCGCAAGCUGAUUCCCCGCCACUCGACAUUGACGUGUCCGCCGCCACGGUUGACGGCGAGGGAGACGUCAGCUUGGCCAUUGCCCCCGACGACAGCGAAGAGGCGCUCUUUCGGCGCAUCACCAGAGCUGUGAUGUCCGCUCCUCGGUCCACCAACCCAGAUCAUCCAUCGUGGUACGAGAAGAUACUUCUCUACGACCCCAUUAUCAUAGAGGAUUUGACCUUGUGGCUCAAUACCGGACAGUUGGACAAGGUAGGGCAUGACGGCGAGGUCAGUCCGGCAGAGGUCAAGAAAUGGUGCGAGUCAAGGAGUAUAUGUUGCCUCUGGAAGGUCAAUCUGCGCGGCAAGGAGAGGAAGAGGUUAUGA